UUUUCUUUUAUCUUCCAUGACAAGUACAGUGUCCUUUUAGCAGAGUUGAAUAUUUUCAAUACUAACUUAGCUGCCGCUUCUCGCUUUGGCGGCUGCAUAUGCAACUUGGUUUUCAAAAACUAACUGCUAUGUUAGUUUUCGGUUCAAUUCUACUAUUGAGGACCCUCUUUCUGGACUCAAUUUUUCUUUUUAAUUUUUAGAACAAUGCUUUCUCAAUAAAAAAGCUUAUUGUAUUCCUUCAUGACAGGGUUUAAGCAGCAAAGAGCACAUACAACGAUGAAGGAAUUUUUGAGUAUGUUUUGUGCAGAAGCUGAUUGUCCUGGGACUGGAGGAAAACAGCCAUUUUGUUUUGAUUUGAAGACUUUGAAAGAUCCUUCUUCAUGUUUCAACCAGUUCUUGAUCUUUUGCUUUGAUGUGUCAGUGCUGGUCAUACUGGCUUUCGUUCUAAUCCAGAAGUAUUUGUUCAGACCAUUUCAGGGUAUGUUUCAAGUGGAAAGAUAUUCAAACUUGCAGCUAAUUUCUUCCAUAACCAAUGCAUCUCUGGGGUUGUUAUAUUUGUGCUUUGGGAUUUGGGGUUUAGAGGAAAACUUAAGGAAGAGUCACACUCUUCUUCCACUUAAUUGGUGGUUACUAGAACUCUUUGGAGGAUUCAGAUGGUUGAUAGUAGGAUUAAGUGUAAGUCUUAAGUUGAAACAACUUCCAAGAUCAUGGUUGUGGUUAUUUUCACUUGUUACACUAUUUCUUUCGAGUGUUCUCUGUGUUUUAUCCAUGUCUUAUGCAAUUAGUAACAGAGAACUGACCUUCAAGGAAGCUUUAGAUGUUCUAUCUUUUCCAGGAGCAGUUUUACUACUCUUGUGCACUUAUAAAACACCCAAAUGUGAAGACACUGCUACAAGUAUUGAUGAAGACUUUUAUGAUUCCUUAAACAACGACUUUCAUGAAGUUGAUCCUUAUAACUACGUAACCCCAUUUGCUAAAGCUGGAUUCCUCAGUAGAAUGUCGUUUUGGUGGUUGAAUCCAUUGAUGAAAAUUGGUCAAGAGAAAACACUUCAGGAUGAGGAUAUCCCAAAGUUGCCAGAAUUGGAUCGAGCAGAAUUUUGUUAUUUGUCGUUUAUAGAACAAUUGAACACGCAAAAGGGAAAAGAAUCAUUGUCACAAUCAUCAAUUUUGUGGGCAAUAGUUUUUUGCCACUGGAAAGAUAUUUUGAUGUCAGGAUUGUUUGCAUUGCUCAAGAGUCCCUAUCACAAAGGCAAUGGUAUUUUCGCACUAGGCUUGUUGGGAUGAAAAUUAGGUCAAUGCUUACAGCUUCCAUUUAUAGAAAAAUAUUGAGGUUGUCUGGUGCAGCUAGAUCGACACACUCUAGUGGUGAGAUAAUGAAUUAUGUGACUGUGGAUGC